GCAGUGUUAGAGAGGUUCAGACAGCAUGGCCUCAAAUUGAAAAAAGAAAAAUGCGCCAUUGCCACUAGACAGGUGGACUUUCUGGGUUAUAAAAUUGACGCCUCAGGCAUUCACCCCCUGGAGUCCAAGGUUAAGGCAAUUCACGAGGCACCCACUCCAACCUCCAAAACUGAACUACAGGCCUUCUUGGGGCUAUUGAACUUUUACGCGUCUUUCUUGCCCCAUAAAGCAUCAGUAGCUGAACCCCUACACAAAUUACUGGAUAAAAAGUCACCUUGGCACUGGGGGCACAAAGAAGACCAUGCUUUUCACGCCGUGAAAUCACUACUCACGUCAGAGGCGGUACUUAUUCAAUUCGACCCCAACCUCCCUUUAGUGCUGGCAGCAGACGCAUCCCCCUUUGGAAUCGGGGCAGUAUUAAGCCACAGGCUUCCCAAUGGCACCGAGGCUCCCAUUGCCUUUUUCUCCAGAACGCUCUCCGCAACAGAGCGUAAUUACAGCCAGAUCGAUAAGGAAGCUCUAGCAGCUGUUGCAGCAGUGAAAAAAUUUCACGAAUUUCUUUUUGGCCAUUUUUUCGAGCUGGUCACAGACCACAAGCCCCUCCUGGGUCUACUAGCUGGGGACAAACAGACCCCUCAAGUCCUUUCCCCUAGGAUGACAAGAUGGACCCUCUUCCUAGCAGCCUACUCCUACAGACUCAUACACCGGCCAGGUAAAACAUUGUCCCACGCUGACGCUCUCAGCCGCUGUCCCUUGCCGGUCCCAGCUGAAGACCCUGCUCCUGUCCACGCUAUUUUCGAGGUAACACAAUUGGACCUCCCCAUCACUGCCCUUGACAUUGCUGCUAAAACCAAGGCAGACAAAACGCUCGCCCAGGUGCUCGACUGGGUGAGGAGGGGGUGGCCGGGUGGCAAUGUUGAAAAUAAAUUCUCACCUUUCAAGACCCGCAUGCAGGAACUGUCCAGUUUGCAGGGCUGUCUACUGUGGGGCACUCGAGUGGUCAUCCCGACUUUACUGCGUACCCGAGUCCUGGAGGCGUUGCACGAGGGACACCCUGGCAUCGUGAGAAUGAAGGCAUUAGCACGCAGCUACGUAUGGUGGCCGGGCCUUGACGAGGACAUCGCUAGAUGGGUAAGCUCCUGCAACCCCUGCCAGGAAUCCCGUCCAGCUCCUCCUUUUGCCACCCCUACUAAAUGGGAGAGCGCCAGCGCUCCGUGGUCCAGAAUUCACAUCGACCUGGCCGGCCCCUUGCAUGGGAAGAUGUUCCUAGUGGUCGUGGACGCCUAUUCUAAAUGG